GGAAUAUUUGGAUUGGAGAGAAUCAGAGGAACUCAACCCUCUCAUUCUCUCUCUCUUCUCUCUCUCCCUAUCUCAAAAAAAAAUGAAAGAGAAAAGAAUAGAGAGAAACAGGUCAAGAUCUGUAUGUCCAGUACCUUCAUCAGCUAAGAUUAUCAUCUCUAAUCUCAUCCUUCUUGUACAUUGUUGAGUGCUUUGCGUCUUACCAGAGAAAUUAAGGAACCAAAAGAAAAAGUGUAGAUUUUUUCUAAUGUCGAGUCUUAUUGUAUAGUUUUUGUUAAUAUGGCAUCAAAAUCAUCUAGCGAACAUGUUGAGCAACAGCUUGGAAAUCCAAGCAAGAAGAAAGAACAGCAGCUCACAAAAAUCCCACAUUUUUUGAUAUAUGUCAUAUUUUUUUUUAUGAUCCAUCUGUUGAUAUAUAUAAUUCUCCAAUGGAUUAUUAUAAUUGUUCUGUUUCUCAAUGGCUUAAUAGCUUUCAUCGCUAGCGAAUUUGCACGUUUCUUUGAUUUACGAAUCCCAUGUUUCCUCUGCACACGCUUCGAUCAUGUGUUACUUAAAAAGAAUCUGUACUACAAUGACUCUAUGUGUGAAGAUCAUAGGAAAGAAGUGUCUUCCAUGGUGUUCUGUCACAUUCACCAGAGAAUGUCAGAUAUCCGGCUCAUGUGUGAAGGAUGUCUCCAUUCUUCAAACACCGGAAACAAGUCAAGGUUUGGUAGUUGUAAGCCUAUGCAAGGGCUUUUUGGUGUAGACACCGAUCAUUUACAUUUACCGAACGGAGAAUAUGAGAGGUAUUUGAAGGUCGAAAAAGGCGCCACUCUCCAGUGUUCUUGUUGUGGACAGCCUCAAGAAGUUAAAGUUUCAUCGUCAACUAAACUGGUUCAGAAAUCAGUUUCGCAUGUGGGCGAUUUUCCUCCGACUCCUUCCCCUUCCCCUCGAAUAGUAGCCUCGGUCAAAACUGACGAGGCCCGUGCCUUUGAUGAACUCUCUCAUGUUCAGUAUUCGGAGCUAAACAUUAUGUCAGACGCGGAUUCAGAGAUUCCAGAUGACGACUUUCGGUCUAAUGCUUUAACCCAUGAAAGUCAAGGCAAGGAGGAUAUGAAAGCUGCAACUGCUCCAUUACUUCCAGAAGCUGAAGAUUUAAACGAAGAGCCCUGCAAGUCCCCUAACUUUCUCAAGGGAAGUAGGUUUUAUGGAUUUACUGGUCUAGACUCCGGUACAGCUAGCCCAGCAUGGCCACCAAAGAUUCCCAUCAGAUCACCAGGCGAAAAAGCAGAUUCUGUUGCUGAAUCAGUGGAAGGAAUUAGUACAAAUGAAGCAGAUGUUGAGACUGUUUUGCAUCGUUUGAAAAGACAAGUACGUUUGGACCGAAAGACUCUGAUGGCUAUGUACAUGGAAUUAGAUGAAGAAAGAAGUUCUUCAGCUGUUGCUGCAAAUCAAGCCAUGGCAAUGAUUACAAGGUUGCAGGCAGAGAAGGCAGCAAUUCAGCUGGAGGCUUUACAGUACCAACGGAUUAUGGAGGAACAAGCGGAAUAUGAUCAACAAGCUCUUCAAGUCAUGAAGGAUCUUCUUAACAAGAGAGAGGAGAUAAUCAAAGUUUUGGAGGCAGAAUUGAGGUCAUAUAGAGGAUUAGAUAGCGAGGGACACAGCGCAUUACUUAAUGAUGGCUACCAAGAUUCGAGUUUUGGAGUUAAAUUGUCUACUCAACUAUGCGAUGACUAUUCUUAUAACGUCAACGAGGAGACAGGCGAGAAUGAUACUGGACCAUCACAGGUAGAAAAUUCUGAAGCAUUCUUGUUAGACUUUGAAGGCGAGAGGCUUUUUCUUAUGGAUCAGUUGAAAAUACUGGAGAAGAAAAUUCAGUCGCCUGAUUUGGAUGAUGCUAUUCAGUCUUUGCCGUCUAAUCUUAAAUACGAAGAUAGAGGAGAAGGAAGUAACAUCAACAUAUCUAAAGCCAUUUCUCAUCUGCAUGAGAAGUUGACAGGCCUUGAGACUGACAAAGAAUUUUUAAAGCACACACUUCCCUCACUCCAGAAAGGCGACGAAGGAACCCAGCUUCUAAGAGAAAUAGCUAAGCAUCUGUGGUAUCUUCGGCAUACAUAUAAUAUGCCUUCAGAGGCAAAAGAGAGCUGAAUAUGUGUGCAAAUUUGUUCAAGUAUAUGAGGAUUUUUGACGAAUCACUGCCAACUUAAUUAGGUUUUAGUACAAAGGAGAGAAUGGACACAACGGAAGAAUGCUUCAAAAGGUUUUCGUUUUGAUUUGUGCCUUGUGGAGUUUUUUCUUCGAAAUGUUGUUCGGGUUCUGUUGCUAAAGUCAGUGCCUCUAUGCCUCUCUCUUAAAUCUGCUUGAUGUAAAUGAAAAUUGAAAAGCACAUAUAUAUUUUUAAAACAACCAAAACCUUGUGUGUUGAUGAACUGAGAAUCAGCUCGAAGCAUUCAAAAUACUUGAUAGUUGAAAGAAAUGAAGAUUUAUACAGGAGAAAUAUGAAAGCAAAUGAAUCUCAUUUUACAUUUUGUGAGCA